AUGGGAACAACGUUUAGAGCAGCAGUUAUCACUCUUUUUCUUUCAUCCCUCCUUCUUCAUCAGCUGGUCUUUUCUGAAUCCAAUGAUGGAUUCGUUAGAAUUCGACUCAAAAAGUUUAAGUUAGAUGAAAACAACCGCAUUGCUGCUCGACUUACCCCGCAACUACCAGAUUCUCCAAAUGAUGAUGGCAUCUUUGUAGGGCUAGAGAAUUACAGGAACAUUCUGUACUAUGGUGAGAUUUCAGUCGGUACACCACCAAAGAUAUUCACUGUGCAAUUUGAUACAGGAAGCUCUAAUUUGUGGAUAAUGUCCUCAAAGUGCUACUUUUCCCGUGCAUGUUUGUACCAUUCCAAAUACGAUGCCCGUCGUUCAAGAACGUAUAAAAAGAACGGAACAUCUGCUAAGAUAGGCUAUGGUAUAAGUUCAAUAUCUGGCAAGAUUAGCCAAGACGAUGUUUCAGUUGGUGGUUUAACAAUUAAGAAUCAGGACUUCAUUGAAGCAACAACACUGUCUGGUUUUUCGUUUACCAGUACCAAGUUUGAUGGCAUUCUUGGCCUUGGAUUUCAGGAGAUAUCAGUUAAAGGUGUUGUUCCAAUAUGGUACAACAUGAUGAACCAGGGUCUGAUUCAGAAUCCAGUGUUCUCAUUUUGGCUUAAUAGAAACUUAGAAGAAGGAGAAGGAGGUGAACUUGUGUUUGGUGGGAUUGAUCCAAUGCAUUACAAAGGGAACCAUACUUAUGUCCCUGUGAUCCGCAAGGGUUAUUGGCAGUUUGAUAUGGGUGAUGUCACUGUCAACGGUAAACAUUUAGGUGUAACUGGUUUUUCCGCGAUAGCGGAUUCUGGAUGUUCUCUAGUGACAGGUCCAACUGCUGUGAUUACCAUGUUAAACCAUGAAAUUGGAGUUGACAAAAGAGAUAACCCUGAAUGCAAGUCAAUUACAAGAAAGUAUGGACAAACCAUUCUGAACAUGCUCCAAUUAAAGGAGAAACCUAAGAAAAUUUGUUCCCUAAUUGGAUUAUGCCGAGUUGAUGGAAAGAAAAGUAAUAAAAGGUGCAAGGCUUGUGAACAACUCAUAGUUGUGUGGAUGGAAAGUCAGUAUAGGAGGAAUCAAACAAAAGAUGUUAUUUUAAACUACGUUGAUGAGCUAUGUGAUUCGAUGCCAAAAAAUCGGCAAAGGUUAUCAACUGUGAACUGCUCGCGAAUUUCCUCAAUGCCUAUAGUUUCAUUUUUAAUUGGUGGUAGAAAUUUUACACUCUCACCUAAGGAGUAUGUAAGGAAGAAGACUAUUGGAAGUGGUUGCAUAAGUGGCUUUAUGGCCUUUGAUAUUGCUCCUCCUCUCGGACCUUUCUGGAUUUUGGGGGAUAUAUUCAUGGGUCGUUACCACACAGUAUUUGACUAUGGACGAUUGAGAGUUGGAUUUGCAGAUGCAUAAUAAUAAUAAU